ACAAGAAGGUACUUAUAGUGGCCACAUCGCGUGCUGCGCCCCACAAGACCUCCACCAUUCCAGCCGAGUCCUCUGCUGUGUACGACCGUAAAAGAUCCAGAGAGCAAGCCAAGAUGACUACGAGUUACUCCACGGCGACUCUCUCCAGCGGAAUGGCGAACAUAAAGCUCGGCUCAGGCGGCGUCUUCUCCCAAACGUCGUCCAGCGGGGGUAGCGGUACCCUCCGGUCCUCGUGGAGCUUGGGCGGGCGGCAGAGCACUGGCGGCGGCGGGCUCACCGCUUCCUCCGGCGCGCUGGUCCCGGUCCAACAACAGCGCUCGUCCUACACCACCUACAGCUAUGGCCCCAGCCCGAGCGCCGGCGUCAACUUCAACGCCACCGAGAAGGUAGAGAUGCAAGGGCUGAACGACCGUCUGGGCCGCUACAUCGCUAAAGUCCGCUCCCUAGAAGAAGCCAACCGCCAGCUGCAGAUCAAGAUCAACGAGGCGUCCGCCGAGGUGGUCCAGGACGACGGCAUCGACUGGGCGGCGGAGCUGACGGCGGCUCGGGAGGCGCUCCUCGCCGCCAACCUGGACCGGGCCCGCGUGGAGAUCGCCAGGGACUCGGUACUGCUGGAGGUGAACCAGUGGAGGGAGAAGAUUGAGGGUGUUAUGGAACAGAGAGCCGCAUUGGAAGAUGAGGUCAACAUGCUGAAAAGGGAGCAGGAGGAGCUGGCUAUGGAGAAGGUUGACCUGGAGGGUCAGAUCGAGGGCGCGCAGGGCGAGCUGGACUUCCUGAAACAGAUCCACAAGCAGGAGGUGGCCGAGCUGAAGGAACGCAUCAAGGCGUCUGGGAACGUCGAGAUUGAGAUGAAGAUGGAGACAGUUGACCUGAAUGCCGCCCUGAAGGCGAUCCGUGAGCAGUAUGAGGAGAUAGCCCGCCGGAAUCGAGCAGAUGUGGAAAAGGCCUUCCAGGAUAAGGUCUCAGCAGUAAAGGUGGAGCAGGCGCAGAGUAACGAGGCUCUCACUCUGGUCAAGUCGGAGAUCAACGAAAUCCGCCGGACUCUGACGGGUCUGCAAGCCGAGCUGGAGGCUCUCAAGGCUCAGCAAGCGGCCAUCUUGGAUUCCAUCGCCUGCGCAGAGCGGGACAACGCCAUGGCCAUGGAGGCGAAGAUGGAGAUCAUCUCCAGUCUGACCGGCGAGGUGGCCCGCCUGAAGUCCGACAUGGAGCGCGUGCUGAAGGAGUACGGGGAGCUCAUGAACAUCAAGCUGGCUCUAGAGUCUGAGAUCAACCAGUACAACUCCCUGCUGUCAGGGGAGGAGACCAGACUAUGAGAUACUAUGGUGUCGGCUAGCAGCGCCAGCUUCAGCAGCGGAGGCUUCUCCUCGCAGACGACCCGAAGAGGAGGCGGUGGAAGCUUCGCCGGCGGCCGUGGAGGCGACGGACUGGCCCGGUCCCGAGCCGGGUACGUCUACGGCGGGGGGAUGAGUGUAGACGAGAUGGAGGUCUCCCUGGGAGAGUUGAGCCGUACCGGAGAGAUCCGAGCAGGGGAGAAGAAAGAGCUGAUGGCCCUCAACACCCGCCUGGCCAGCUUCCUCGGCAAGGUCCGCAUGCUGGAGGAACAGAACAGGAUGCUGCAGGCUCAGUGCGACUCGUCGGCCGGUGGUGGCGCGGGAGGAAUGGUCUCGGAGUUACCGGACAUGUGGGAGAGGGAGAUGCAGGCGCUCAGGCAGCAGCUGGAGGCACUGACCACCGAGAAGUCACGACUGGACAUCCAGGUGGACAACUACGAGGGAGAGAUCAACCAGCUCAACAACAGGCUGGACAAUGCUGACCAGAUCAUCAACGAUCUUGAAGUGGAACUGAAGAAUACUCGGAAGGAACUGGACGAUGCCUCUCUCGUCAGGCUUGACCUGGAGAGUAAGUUGGAGAUCGCCAAGUCUGAGAUCACCUUCCUCAAUGAGUUCCACGAGCAGCAAAUCCGGGAGCUUCAGGAGCAGCUCGCCCAGCUGCGGAGCGCGCGCGGAGGCGGUGGAGGCGGCGGCGGCCAGCUGGCCCUCACAGGGGGAGGCGGCGGCGGAGGCUUCGACUACGCCGACCUGCUGGAGACCAUGCGGCAGGAGUACGAGGCUCUGAUGGCCAAGAACAAGGAGGAUGCCGAGAGAUAUGCUCAGAGCCAGAUCCAGGAGGUGAAGAAGGGUGCAGGGGCGACCGACGCUGCCCUAAACAUGUCCAAGCAGGAGUUGGGAGAGUACCGCUCCAAAUGCCGCAAUCUGGAGAUGCAGAUCGAACAGCUGAAGGCCAGGAUUGCCAUGCUGGAGAAGCAAGCAGCGGAGGUUGAGGAUCGUCACGAGCGCGAGAUCGCCGGCAAGGACGAGAGGAUCGCCAACUUCGAGGCCAUGAUCAACGAGCUGAAGUCCAAGCUGGGCGACAGUCUGAAGGAGUACCAGGACCUCAUGACCGUCAAGCUGGCCCUCGACAUGGAGAUCUCCGCCUACCGCAAGCUGCUGGACGGUGUUGGUGACUUUGACAUUGCGGGUGGAGAUUUCUCCUCUUCCUCUAUGUCAAUGUCGCAAACCACGCAGUCUUCGUCAGGAUUCGGUGCCGGGGGUGGUGCCGGGGGUGGUGCCCGUGGGGGUGCCGGAGGUGCCGGAGGCGGAUUCGGUGCUGGUGGCGCUGGCGGCGCCGGUGGUGCCGGUGUGUCGGUUUCAUCUUCGAGCUCCUCGGUCGCUGUUGGUGCCUCGCGUGGUGCCGCUAGUGCCGCAAGUGUGUCUGGUGGAGGCGCGAGCUCAAAGGAGUUGGAUGACUUGAGGGCUAAACUGAAGGCGAUGGAGGCAGAGAAAUCCAAGAUGGCGGGUGAACUGAAGUCUGCUCAACAAAAGAACAAGAGACAGAGCUCGGCCGCUGCCGCGAGCUCGCAACAGACCACCAAACUGGAGGGCGAACUGAGGGGGAAGGACAAGGAGAUCGGUGACCUGCGAGCUGAGCUGGACAAACUGCGAGCACAGCUGCAAAAUGCGUCCCAGCAGCAGAGCGCCGCCAUGGAGGCACAGGUCGGCAAGCUGGAGGGCGAGCUGGGGUCUCUACGGGGCGAGCUGUCAGCCAAGGCUAAGGAAUACCAGGAUCUGCUGAAUGCUAAGCUGAUGUUAGAGAAGACUCUUCGUGAAGCUGAAGACAGGCACAGGAUGGAGCUACAGGCCCGGGAUGACGCACUGCGUGACUACUCGAGAAAGCUGGAGAGGGAGAAGAACGAGCAGAUCGCCCGACUGGAGCUGGACCUGAGGGAGCUCCGUGCGGAGAUGGACGCCAAACUGGCCAACUACAACGACCUGAUGAACGCCAAGCUGGCGCUGGAGAAGACGCUGAGGGAGACAGAGGACAGGUACCAGAACGAGCUGCGGGACUCCAAGGCCAUGAUAUCGCAGCUGGAAGUCCAGGCGAGCGGCGCGUCUGCGGCGGCGGACCUGGAGGCCCAGCUGGCCCGCCUGCGUGCAGAGUUCGAUGCCUGCAAGUCGGAGCGCGACCAGUGCUUCAUGGACCGCGACAGCCUGCGGGCCCAGGUUGAUGCCGCAGCAGCUGGUGCUGGAAGGAGAUACACUAGCGGUAGAGGCGGUGCCGGUGGUGCCGGCGGUGCUGGAGCCUCGUUCUCGUCCAGCACAGUCGUGGAACAAUCGAGCGUGGUACAGGAAGUUUCCGAAGCAACGACGGUGAUCAAAGAAACUAUCGUGGAAGAAAGUACCGCUGAAGGCGAGAAGCUACACUUUGAAUUUCAUAGCGAGGAACUGGAUUUGUCUGUCUAUGGUCCUCCGGUUAGCCCUAUUCCGCCAGAUAGUCCUGCGGGGCUGGUUUUAAGUUCCUCUGUUGGAAGUUCCCGUGGGGCCAGUUAUGGUGCCAGUGGAGCUAUUUCAACUACAACUGCCGCCUCUAGUGGUGCAGUAGUUGAGAGUUCCCGUGGUGCCAGCUAUGGUGCCAGUGGAUCAGUUUCAACUACAUCUUCCGUCACUAGCGCCUCUGGUGCCAUUCAAGGUGCCAGUGGGGCCAUUUCAACUUCCACCUCCACCACUAGUGGUGCCUUUGGUGCCGGUGGUGCCUCGGGUGCCGCGUCGAGUUCCAUGUCUGGAGCAAGCGAGGAAAGCAGGAGGAAGAGUGGGUUCAUCAGGAUGACCUUCAAGGCUGACGACAUCCGCACCAUCCUCAUGCGCUACGCCUUCCACAUGACCUUCCGCCUGUCCAACAUGGCGCUGACCGAGCGUGGCGGCAAGCUCUACCUGGAGGAGAAGAAGGCUGAUAUCACUGAUGACCAGCUGUGGAAUCUGAAGGACGACACCAUCAUCAGCAAAUCCAGCAGCAUGGCGCUGGAAGUGACUGGAGGAUCCGCAAGGAAGAACGCAGAAAUCAAACUGGCGAAAACAUCAGGGUCUGCAGCUCAAAAGUGGGGGAUUGGCGCGGAUGGCCUCCUGACGACCGAGCUCGGCGACCUGGUUCUAGACGUGAAGGACAACAAGCUGGUGCUGAACGACCGCGACAAGCUGAGCCGCCAGGACUGGGACCUGCAGAUCCACCAGUAAAACCUUCCCAUCACGCACAGCGACGAUCCCAGCAGUCACCGCGGCUAGUCACGUGACUAGAGAAACCUACCAUAGGUCAUAGGUCAUACGUUAGAAAGCAAAAUUGUCGCCAUUAGAUCUAACAAUAGGUUUUUUUGGACCUUCAUAAAAAGUCAUAAGCAUAAGGUGAAUCUUAUGGGGGGCAUAGGAAAACUAUCAAGUUAAAAGGUGUAAGAAUUAUGCAAGCAAAGUAUUAAAAGUGGGAAGAUUUUGGACCAGUAGUUGCUGUGUUAUUUCGGUGAUGACCUGCAGAUAUGUUGCUAUGUUUUAUCUAUAUUCUACAGCAUAUUACUUAAAAAUGUAGACUGUUUUUAAGAUUUCAUAUGGUGCGAAUUCGAAUUCGGUGAUAUGCUCGAAAAUAUAAUUGAGAAUGAAACAAUUUGAUUAAAUCUGACAAAGCUGUGGUGUCAUCAGAUAUUUUUGUCAUUGUUGCUAAUGAAGCACAUGUUAAGAUAUAGCAAUCAUCAUGACCACGAUGUGUUUUAGCAGAGAAGAUGAUACGUGCAUUUUAAGCACUCAUUUCAGAUUGGAUAGCAAUAAAAGAUGGUUACGGGAA